CACUGUGGGAGUUGGGUCUACAGCCAUGGCGGACGCCUUCGGUGAUGAUUUGUUCAGUGUUUUUGAUGAAGAACAGUCUGGCUCUGGUAAAAAAGUCACUCCAAAGUUAGAAAUUCAGCCAGGGAAAACACCUGAUAAAGGAGGUAAAAAACAGACGGAUUCACCAGCUGCAGCUGUACGAAAAAGAGAUGCUGACAUUGAUGGUCCAGAUGAGAUGGUGCUCGGGAAAAAGCAAAAACUGGAAACUGUGUCCUCUGAAGAGAUCAAUUUGGCAGAGCUCAUGCCUAAAGUAAAAACGGAGCAGGUGGAGACAGUGGAGGGAUGCACACAUGAGGUGGCUUUACCUGCCGAUGAAGAAUAUAAACAACUAAAGCCAAGGGUUGGAAAAGCUUCUAAGGAGUAUCCAUUCGUACUGGACCCGUUCCAGCGUGAGGCCAUACUCUGUAUCGACAACAACCAGUCUGUGCUUGUGUCAGCCCACACGUCAGCAGGGAAGACAGUGUGUGCAGAGUAUGCCAUCGCUCUGGCGCUCAGAGAAAAACAGCGAGUGAUCUUUACCAGCCCCAUUAAGGCCUUGAGCAACCAGAAGUACAGAGAGAUGUAUGAGGAGUUUCAGGACGUGGGUCUGAUGACCGGUGAUGUCACGAUUAACCCCACUGCCUCUUGUCUGGUCAUGACUACUGAGAUUUUGAGGAGUAUGCUCUACAGAGGAUCAGAGGUUAUGAGGGAGGUGGCGUGGGUCAUCUUCGAUGAGAUCCAUUACAUGAGAGACUCCGAGCGUGGGGUGGUCUGGGAGGAAACCAUCAUCUUGCUGCCGGACAACGUGCACUACGUCUUUCUGUCGGCCACUAUUCCCAACGCUCGACAGUUUGCAGAGUGGAUCUGUCACUUACACAAACAGCCCUGUCACGUGGUGUACACAGACUACCGCCCCACUCCCCUGCAGCACUACAUCUUUCCAGCAGGGGGCGACGGACUACAUCUUGUUGUGGAUGAGAACGGAGACUUCAGAGAAGACAACUUCAACACAGCCAUGCAGGUCCUGAGGGACGUGGGGGAAACAGGAGGCAACAGUGGGGCCAAAUGGGACCCGAAAGGCAGAAAGGGUGGAACCAAAGGUCCAUCCAACGUCUUUAAGAUUGUGAAGAUGAUCAUGGAGAGAAACUUUCAGCCGGUGAUCAUCUUCAGCUUCAGUAAGAAGGAGUGCGAGGCUUACGCCCUACAGGUGGCCAAACUGGAUUUUAACACAGACGAGGAGAAAAAGCUGGUGGAGGAAGUGUUUAACAACGCCAUAGACUGCCUUUCUGAUGAAGACAAGAAGCUGCCACAGGUUGAGCAUGUUCUACCGUUGCUCAAGAGGGGGAUUGGAAUUCAUCAUGGAGGUCUGCUUCCCAUCCUAAAGGAGACCAUUGAGAUUCUCUUCUCUGAGGGGCUGCUGAAGGCUUUGUUUGCUACGGAAACAUUUGCCAUGGGGAUCAACAUGCCCGCUCGAACCGUUCUCUUUACCAGUGCACGCAAAUUCGACGGCAAAGACUUCCGCUGGAUCACUUCUGGAGAAUACAUCCAGAUGUCAGGCCGUGCUGGCAGAAGAGGAAUGGACGAGAGGGGAAUCGUCAUAUUUAUGGUGGAUGAGAAGAUGAGCCCCGCGGUGGGCAAACAGUUACUAAAGGGUUCGGCUGAUCCUCUAAACAGCGCUUUUCAUCUCACCUACAACAUGGUGCUGAAUCUGCUGCGUGUGGAAGAGAUCAACCCAGAGUACAUGCUGGAGAAAUCCUUCUACCAGUUCCAACAUUACAGAGCCGUGCCUGGUGUUGUCGAGAAGAUGAAGAAGUUGGAGGAGGAUUACAAUGCCAUACAAAUCCCCAAUGAAGAGAGCGUGGUGACCUACUACAAAAUCCGCCAGCAGCUUUUCAAACUGGGCAAAGAGAUUGAGGACUUUAUUCACAAGCCUAGAUACUGUCUGCCAUUCCUGCAGCCCGGCAGACUAGUCAGGGUAAAAAAAAAUGAUUUGGAUUUUGGUUGGGGACUCGUCGUCAAUUUCUCCAAGAAGGCGAAUGUUAAGGCUGCCGCUAGUGAUUCUGAGCCGUUGUAUGUGCUGGAGGUUCUGGUCCACUGCAGUAAGGACAGCGUGAAGAACUCGGCCACAGAGACGGCCAAACCAGCAGCCCCAGCAGAGAAGGGCGAGAUGCAGGUUGUUCCAGUAAUGCUGCAUCUCAUCACCUCCAUCAGCUCCGUCCGUCUCUACAUUCCCAAAGACCUGCGAUCUUAUGACAACAGACAGAGCAUGCUCAAAUCCAUACAGGAGGUGCAGAAACGUUUCCCAGAUAGCGUUCCGCUGCUGGACCCAAUAGACGACAUGGGCAUCAAGGACCCAGGCCUGAAGAAAGUCAUCCAAAAGGUGGAAGCAUUCGAACACAGAAUGUACACACACCCCCUGCACAGCGACCCCAACCUGGAUGCUGUUUACACCCUGUGUGAGAAGAAAGCCCUGAUUGCAGGCGACAUCAAGGCGGCGAAGCGCGAGCUGAAGAAAGCUCGAACCGUGCUGCAGAUGGACGAGCUCAAGUGCAGGAAGCGCGUGCUGCGGCGCCUGGGAUUCGCCACUUCCUCUGAUGUCAUCGAGAUGAAGGGUCGUGUGGCGUGUGAGAUCAGCAGUGCGGAUGAGCUGCUGCUGACUGAAAUGAUAUUUAACGGUCUCUUCAAUGACCUUACAGCGGAGCAGGCCACCGCGCUUCUCAGCUGCUUCGUCUUCCAGGAAAACGCCAACGAGAUGCCCAAACUGACGGAGCAGCUGGCAGCACCUCUGCGGCAGAUGCAGGAAUGUGCCAAGCGUAUCGCUAAAGUGUCGGCCGAAGCAAAGCUAGAUGUGGAUGAGGAUACUUAUCUAAAGCAGUUCCGUCCACAUCUAAUGGAUGUGGUCUAUACCUGGGCCAACGGCUCCUCCUUCUCACAGAUUUGCAAGAUGACGGAUGUGUUUGAAGGUAGUAUUAUCCGCUGUAUGCGAAGGUUGGAAGAGCUCUUGAGGCAGAUGUGCCAGGCAGCAAAGGCCAUUGGAAACACGGAGCUGGAGAACAAAUUUGCAAUGGGUAUAACGAAGAUAAAGCGGGACAUUGUUUUUGCAGCCAGUCUCUACCUGUGAUCCUCACACUGUUAUUUUUCUGUUAAUAAUGUUAUUUCGUUUGGUUUUAUGAAGACAUUGA